UGUGAACCUACCUAUAUGUAUAACGCCGUGUCCAUAGUAAAUCCGUUGCGUCCGUUGCGUCCGAUACGUUGCGUCCGAUGCGACCGAAAUUAAAAGCAAACAUACUAUUUUAUACUUUUUUUUUAUAACAUGAUAUGACCUGUCCAAUCUGGAUGGGGUUUGCGUCCGAUCCGUCCGACAUCGCAUCGGUCGUAUUCGUCGCACGAUUUGAAAAAUAAAUCAUUUUGUUUUUUGACGCAUCGGACGCAAAAACAGACAAACGUAUUCGUCUAUUUAAUAUUAAUUUAAUCCAAUAUAUUUAAUAAUAAUAUACGUUAAAAUUAAAAUUAAAUAAUUUAAAAUGGAGUUAUUGAUUUCGGAAGUCCAAAAACGACCAGUGUUGUGGAACAAAUUUCAUAAAAAUAUAGAGAUAGGAUCCACAAUGAAAGGGAAUGGAACGUAGUUGCAAUUCAAACUAAAAUGAAUAUUGAAGAAGUAAAAAAAAAAUGGAGAAGUUUGAGAGAUACUUUUUUAAAGGAAAAAAAAAAGUAACUAAAAGUCGUUCAGGAAAUUCUCAGGAGGGUGCUAAAGUAUACACGGGAAAGUGGAAUUAUUUCAAUUUAAUGCUCUUUCUAAACGAUACGACAACACCACAGAAAACGGACAAUAAUAUUUCUGAUGAUGAAAGUGAAAAUGAAUACACAGAGGAAAAUUUAGAGGCAUUAGAAAACAAUAAAAAUGAUUAUUUUAACGAUAGUCAAGAAUACACUUCAAGUCCUAUUGACGUCAUUGGUAUUGAAAAUUUGUCAUCUGUAUCUCAAUCUGGAAAUUCUAAUUGUACUAAUCAAAUUUCAGAAAGUACAAGUAAUUCUGAAAAUGUUCGUUCUAUUAAAAGAAAAAAAAAUUAUAGUAAAGCUUUUGAAGAUGAAUUACUAAAGAUUGAAACCGAAAAGUUAAAUGCUUUACUACAGUCCAAUAUGACUACUCAUAUUGACGAUGAUGAUAUGUUAUUUUUAAAAUCUCUCCAUCCAUACUUUAAAACCAUGCUUCCUAUACAAAAGCUACGUUUAAGGAAUCAGAUUCAAAGUGUAAUAAUAAAUGAAUUAUCACUAACACAAGGACAACCAACAUACGAUACGCCAACAUACAAUAUGCCAACAUUCAAUAUGCCAACUUACAAUACCACACAUAUCGAUGGUACUCAAAGAGAAACACCACACAAUUCAACACCUCGUGCAUUUGGUUUGAACAACAUUCAUAAUUCAAAUAAUUAUAUUUAA